GGCAGGUGCGUUAUAAUUUGGACUUUAUGACUAAUAUAAAAAUAAAUAAACAGGUAUUAGGUAUUGAAAAUGGUAAAUUCUACCUUGAAAUUAAUUCUUUAAGUGUGUUUAAUACUUAUUUAAAAGAUGUCUACUCGAGAAAUACUAACUCUUCAAUUUGGGCAUUAUUCUAAUUAUGUUGGCGCACAUUUCUGGAAUAUACAAGAACUUAGUUUUGACUACACCGGUACUAUAAAAACCGAAGUUAACCACGAUAUACUAUACCGAGAGGGACAAAAUGCAAAUGGUCAGACUACAUAUACUCCUAGACUGGUUUUGAGUGAUUUAAAGGGGUCUUUAAAAACUUUACCAGCCACAGGAGGCUUACUACAAGAAACAGCUGAAGACUUUGAAUGGGAUGUAGUCGAAAAGAUAGAAGAGCCAACUACUUCAAAAAAUGAAUAUUUAAGUGACAUUGAUUCUGAAAAUCCCCCAGACACACAAAAUAAAAAGUACAACUUAGACGAAACGGUGAAUACUUGGACAGAUUAUUUGUAUCCAAGAUUUCACUCUCAAACAGUAAAUAUAGUAAAGGAAUACAGUCACAGUGAUAAUAAUGGGUUUGAUAUCUCAUGUAUGGGGCGUUCUUUAUGGAAAUCUGAUUAUGGUGAAACAUUUUCUGAUAAAAUAAGGAAGUAUGUUGAAGAAUGUGACAAUAUGCAGGGUUUCCAAGUAAAUUUUGACUGCUAUGAUGGCUUUAGUGGGCUUGCACUUGGUUGUAUAGAACACUUAACAGAUGAAUACACUAAACCCAUCCUUGCCCAUCCAAUGAUUGCCUCCUACUUCAGUGAUAAUAACCCAAGUAGUCAAGAAGAGAGAGAUAAAUCAAACUUAAAAGAUUCAGUGAGACUUGUUAACAUUGCAUUGUCAUUAGAAGAAUUGGCACAGCAUACUAAUUUAUUUGUACCAUUAUGUACAGGCGAAAAAGGAUGGAGAAAACCAGGCAGUCCUCGUUUAUUUGAGCAUGUUUAUUAUAAACCAGAACUUUACUACCAUUCUUCAGCUUUGUUAGCAGCUGCUAUGGAUGUUUUAAGUCAAAAGUACAGACAAAAAAGUAACUUCUUUACAAUGUCAGAUAUUUGUGCAGACUUAACUGGCUAUGGGAGAAAGAUGGCUUCUGCCUCCUUUCAAUUACCAUUUGCAAUGAAAGAGUCAGAGUAUCUAAUAGAUUACUUAAAUAAUAAUACAAAACCAUUAUAUACUUCUAUCACACCAAGUUGCAAGAUUGCAAAUGAUAAAAUUUUUCAGUUAAUUACUGUAAAGGGUGUUCCAGAAAGUUGUUUGAAAGCACCUAUGGAUCAAGCUAAACAACAAAUGGGUUUGGCAGCUUACAGAUGCAGAAAUGUAAAGGAAAUGUUUGAAUUAUAUUUCCAAGCUAAUAAUUUUCUUUCAGCUACUAAUAUUACCAUUUGUGAAAAACCAUUGGAAGUAAAAACACCUUUUCCAAAUAUAUUUUCAGAGGAUUUAAAUAAAUAUGGUUUUGUUAGAGAUGGUGGUAAUAUGACUGAAAGAAUUGAAAGUUGCCCAACAAUAGCUGGUUACCACAAUGGAAAUUUUAUGGCUAAUAUGAUAGAAAAACUUCACAGGGAAACAAGCAGAAUAAAAUUCGAGAAAUUGCAUAAAUUUAAAGAAGAGGGUUUAGAACCUGCUGAAUACUUAGAAGUUUUAAACAGACUUUCAGAGUUUAAAGAUAACUAUGAGGAUGAUUUGGAACUUUAACUCUUUUAUAUUAAUAAUUUAUGUAAUUGAUUAAAAUGCUAAAACUAAAUAAAAAUACCUUUGCAUUAUUCAUUAA